CGAUGAUCAAUGCUUGUGUAGGCUUCAGAUCAACAGCACGUAGGCCAAUGUACGGCGUCGCCUCGCUGCGUGCGUUGUAGGGCUUGUUUCUUGCAGAUCAAGCUUACAUCCAUCCGCGGCAAUGCUGGGCGAAUGGGAUGACCAGAUCAGCCACUUUCACAAGAGGCUGCCGUCAUAAAGCAGUGAGGGCACUGCAGAUGACCACCCCGCCGUCAGCCGCCGAAUUCGAUUACAGUGACCAUCACUUGCUCCCCGAGUCGAGGUAGGCUGGGAUUACAGUGAAGCAAGAAGCCCUUCCUGGUGCGCAGCGCACCAGUGCUUCUCGUUGUUUGGAUCACUCAGGUAUCAGUCAACCUAUUGGCGAUACACUCUCGAAUCACUGCCGCGCAGUGUGGUAAGAUCAUCCUGUCUGCUACACGCACGUCAUCCUUGCUUCGUCCUUUGUUCGCUCUUCACACGUUUCAGAUGCUCGGACGGAUCAGCCAUCGACUCGUUCUCGUCAUGUGCUCAGCCUUUCUGGCAGCGUGUCUGAACGUGGCGUAUCCGUCCAUUUUCGCUGGCGCCAGCACAUCCGCACACUCAAUCGCAGGUUGGUCGUUAUGCAUGCACAAAUGUGCUGCCUUUGGUGGUGUACUUGUCGUGUGCUUUUGCAGGGACCGCGCUAGGUCUCCUACUGGUUUUCCGAACGAACACCGGGUAUAGUAGGUUUUGGGAAGGGCGAACGCUUUGGACAAGGGUGGUCACGGUCAUUCGUAGGAUUGGUGAGUGUAGAGGAGAAAGGGCGCACACGCAGGCAUACACAGACACCCCCACAAGCAAACAAAUCAAGGUGCAGGGUCGUCUAUUGCUCUCUCGGUCCAUUCAGCGUAUUUUUCGUCCAAUUACGUCCCACGUGAGUAUCACGUUCGCCUGGCCAAUCUCUUGUGCGCAUUCCCUUAUGUGUUGAAGCAGCAUCUGUACGUCCACGUACAACGAAUAAGUGCAUGCCCGAAAUCAAUCUUUGCUUUUCUCUUUGUCGCCAGGUACAGCGGCAUGCGGGGCGUCCUGUGUGUGAAGGAGUUUCAAGGCUAGUCAGUUCAGGGCAAGCAGAGAGAACGGCGAGAUCGACGGACCAGUGCAUUGUGCUUGAUUCAGGCUUUCUGGAGGGAGACGAUGUCCGCCUCCUUACGCGGACACAAGGUAGACAAACAGAAAGCGGCGCUCAUGUUUUCACUGUUCCGUCCUUGCAGAGCCCCCCGUUCAGGUGUGUAAGCUCUUGUCAGCUUGUCUCAGACAUGCCAAGGAGCAACAUGGCGGUGAGGCGCCUAACGACAGGGAACGCCUCUACUUGGAGGGUCUCAUAGGUGCGCCCAUUGUACCAACUAGAUAUGAGGCUAGAUCUGAUGUAGGUCGUGUCGACGGGCAGGCCAAUUGGUUGACUUGGCCGGCAACUGUGGACGUAUUGUGAAGGUCCCCGUCCCUUUGGCCUACUCAAGGCACACGUCGAGGUGAGUGAGUCUACAAUCAGUCCCCAUUAGCCAACCGAAUCAUUUUUAAUCAACUCAAGUCGAUUGCGUUUCCUUGGCUGUGUGCAGGUUUCUGUCGCUGUUCACAAUCACCUUGCCUUAUGCAUUGGUUGCAAACUGCGGGUCAGAAGUUGGAAGUAGCGAGGUAGCUGAAACACCGCUGUCUCGCUGCCUGUGCAGGUUCUGGGUCGUGCCAGUAGUGUCCGGAAUCUCAUGGGCCUUCUACAGCAUCGAGUCGAUCGGCCAAUAUAUCGUAAGAUCAUAAGCACACACCUGCCUGUCAUCAUUCCUGGUUGCGCGCGCUCUCUCUUUCUAGGAGAACCCUUUCGACGUUCAUGCGUCACAGGUACUACACGCAUAACAUUACAAGCUGCGCUAGCGACCACACGGGAUGUGUGCGACGGAUGUAUGCCAUUCGUGUGGUUCAUCAGAUAGCGCUCAACCCGCUUUGCCAGUCGAUUACGCGAGACGUGGCACAGAUCUUGUCGCCCCCCUCAGGCUCGCCCUUCAUUUCCACGGAAGCACCUGUCGCUGCCAGAGUCAAUGAAAGGGAAACCUUCAGCAAAUUAUCGGCUGAAGAUGAAGAUAUGGAAGAUAGAACGCCUGGACUGCCUUGACUGACACUCUUCCUUACGUGCGAGUGUGAGAGUGCAUGGUUGAACUCAGUGCAUGUCGUUUUGAGGUCUGUUUUGAGUUCGCAUUGCGGUAAAGCAAUAACAAAAUAUUUGACUUGAUAUUGUCUAUGUGUCACCGUUUGUACGUCCC